UUUGGUAAAAUGAAAACGGCGCAGUAUCAUAUAGACAGGCUGUUCAGUCUCCAUGGACGACUGGUGGCAAGUAAGCCUAUCCCUUACCUGAUAGGAUCGUUUUUAGUUGCCGGCAUUUUGGGGGUCGGAUUCGUGUUUAUCCAAGCCGAAUGGGACAUUGUGUACUUGUUCAGCCCUGUAAAUGGACGAGCGAGCCAAGAUCAAGCAGCCGUCAGUCGCUGUUUUCCUGCCAACUAUUCUGAUUUUGUACCGAAUAGACAUACCAACGUAGGUAACUUCGGCAAGGUAAUCAUCGUAACAGAUGACACCGGUAACCUGCUGAACUGUGCACUUGCAAGACAGGUACAAACCAUCCACCAAGCGAUAGUGGCUAUGCCUGUUACUGUUGGUGAACAGACUCUAACCUACAAGGAUCUAUGUGCGAGGAGAAACCAAACAUGCGUUUAUUCUCCUCUAGUGGACCUGGUGAGGCGGCAAUGCCACGGGGAUGUCGGGACGAUGAACAUUACAUUCCCUAUAACGAACUGCUGCGAGAACGUUUCCAUGUUCCUCGGCCAUCAGAUCGGCGGGGUUGACUAUCUCCCAGACGGACGAACACUCAAACGAGCGAGAUCUUUUCAGCUGUCUUACCAUCUCCAGCCAGAUGACGGAGGCGCAGCUGAAGCAUGGGAGCAAACGUUCACCCGUAAAAUGUUAGAACUUUCCAAUGAAAACAUCACAGCGGUCCCUUUGACAUCCAGAACACUUGAAACGGACAUUAUUAACACGAGUGCUGCCGUUGUGCGCCGGUUUGCAUUGAUGUUCUUACUUGUCAGUAUCGUGUGUUCUGUAUCAUUAAGCGCAGACUGGGUCCGGGCAAAAGUGUUGGUGGGAAUGGGAAGUCUGCUGGCCCUGGCCCUGGCUUUCCUGUCGACUUUCGGACUUCUGCUGUGGUUAGGGUUCAAGUUCAUCCCUCCCAUCGGCCUGAUCUCCUUCCCCAUGCUAGGACUUGAAACGGCAAACAGACUCCACCUGGCCACAUCGUGGUGGCGGACAGACGAGACCGCGGCGAUACCAGAGCGCCUGGGGCGGACCCUCCGCGAGACCGGGGUGCCCAUGACCUGUACCGCGGUCAUACUAGCCGUCACCUACGGAGUCAGCAGUGUUACAGACUUUCCAGGGUUUAGAACCUUCUUCAUUUUCUCAGCUCUUGUGUCUGUCUUCCUUCUCCUAUACCAGUGUGUGUUUCUUGUAGCACUGUUUGGUUUGGACGGGCGAAGAGAAAAGUUAAACAGGCAUGCCUAUGCGAUGUGUAAGAAAGUGCUACCCAGGUCCGAAGCUAGUGAUCAACCCUUGGUUUAUAAGAUCUUCUGUGCCGGGGGACCUUCUAUAGAUGAUACAGAGCCAUGGCAAGCGAGUGAAAGAAGCCUGUCUAGUCUUUUUCACAAGUACAUUAGCAGUUUCCUAGUCAUGCCCAUAUGCAAGAUUUUUCUUGGCAUUUUGUGUCUGAUAUAUAUCGGUUUAGCUGUCUGGGGUUGUUAUAAUUUACAGACAGAUUUUAUCUUAGGUAGCGUUGUCGCGGACGACUCAGUUUCGGCUUCCUUCUACAGAUCUGAAGAACGGUUCUUCAGUACGUUCGGCCCACCCGUGUCUGUUGUGGUUGUCAGUGGAAAUGAAUAUUGGCACCAGGACUCCUUGAACGGCAUACUCGACCUUAAGACAGAUCUGGAACGCAGCGGCUAUGUGUAUAAUGUCAAUGAGACCGAGGAGGGGCGGUUUUGGUUGUCAGAGUUUCUCAGCUUCGUCCGUUCAGUUGGCGUCUCAGUUGAAAGUCAAAACAACUUUGUGGGCUUCCUGAAUUCGACAUUUUUGGCUAAUAAAUCACACAGCUCAUAUGUCUCGGACGUCCUUAUUCACAACGACAUGAUAUCGUGUUCACGUUUCGUCCUCCAGACCAAAGACACGUACAAGUUCCGGGAUAGCGUCACUGCCGUUCACGUGUUUCAGCAGAUCAUACAGGAAUAUGACAUGAACGCCUUAGUCUUCCAUCCGUCAUUUUUCUUCAAUGACAUGCUGACACAGAUAUAUCGGGAAGCCAUCAGGUUCUCCGCUACACUGGCAGCGAGUUUGUUCGGAAUUGUUUUCCUGCUUACUUUUCAUCCUGUAGUGUCACUGCUGGCUGUGAUAUCCUGUGCGUCGAUAUGUGUCGGUAUCGUCGGUUUUUCUGUGCUCUGGGGAGUUACGCUUGACAGCAAUAGCUUCAUGUCAUUCUCCCUGGCGGCUUCAUUCUCGGUUGAGCACUGCCUGCGACUCCUGCUUAUGUUCGUCAGUGUUCCUAACGCCGGUGCAAAGCAGACAGUGGUGUCCAUGACAGGACCUGUAGCACUGCAACACUUCGUAGCGACGUUCUGUGCCGUUUCCAUUCUCUCUACUUAUAACACAAUGCUGUUUCGAAAUUAUUUCAAAAUUCUGUUUUUCACGAUUCUGUUCAGUUUCAUGCAUGCUUUUCUUUUCCUUCCAGUAUGUCUGUCUUUGCUUUGCGAUAAACUACAUCCAUGUGAUCCGAAAGAUAAAACUAAUGACGCGGAUGAAAGUGAUAAAACGCACGACACAGUACUGGCCAAUCCGUACGUUACACAACACUUCUGA